AUGCCGCCGCCGGGCGGCAAGGCCGCCCGGUUCCUGCGCGCGCACCCGAUCAGCGCCGCGGACGCGGCGCGCGGGGCGCGGCUACUGGAGGAGAACCGCGCCCGGGCCGGCGGUGGCGAGGAGGACCUGCUGAGACCGCUGCUGCCAGAGCAUCUCCUGCCCGCCGCGCUGCCGCGCGCCAAGGCGGGCGCCGCGCCGCUCGCGGCGGCGCCCAUGUUCGCGUCCCCCCAGGAGUGCCCGGCAUGGGGGGCCGGAGAGCGCGCGUUGGCGCGCAACGGGCCCGCGGUGUUUGCGUUCUGCAGCUUGAAGCGCGCGGUGGGGGUGGCUAAGCAGCGCGCGCUGUCGGAUGCGUACGCGCAGGGCGUGGCUGACCUAAAAGCACACAUGGCGCAGGUCCACGCGGCCAAGACCGCCGCCCAAAAGGAGGCCGCGGCCGCCGGCCCCGCCCUCGGCCGCAGCAGCCGCGGCGCGGGCCUGCUGGGCUUUGGCGCCGGCGCCGCGGGCAUCAGUGCGUUUGAGGAGGAGGAGAUUAUGAAGGCGUUUGAGGCGGAGCGUGUCCUGCGGCGCAUCACGUCCCUGCCAGAUCAG